AUGGCUUCGCAUUUCCCCUUGAGCAAAGCUACUACAGCUGAACUUCAGCGACUCACUCGAGCCUUAUGGUCUUGGUCUAUAUGCACUGAAUGUUCUUCUGGCAAGCCUUGCCAUACAGAAGAAUGUCCCUGGCAGAGAUCAACGAUACUCAACCAAUUCUUCCAGUUCUACAAAGAAGUAACUGCAACAUAUGAAGCUGAUGUGAAACCUGGCCAGCAACCGGGACUGAGAACCCACGAGGAUUUGAUAAUGAUAAUUGAGGAGUUGAAGUCGAAUCCGGAAACGACGAGGGAGGCACUCCUCGAGAAACUGUUCACGAGUCGACCUGCUCGAAACGAUCAGGAGAGAGCGAUCAACAUAGCAGUUCGCGUGAUGAUGAUGGUCAAUUGUUCCAUGUCGCGACAAUCAUCUAUACUUCUAGAGUAUGGAAAUCAGGAUGUCCCUUGGAGAAAUGAUGUUCCAUUCUCGGAAUUCAUUACCAGCAUCUUCCCGAAGACAGACCAUCCCAGUAUCGAUCACAUCAAAGCGAAUCUGAAGGCAACGAAGUUGAAGAAACGAGCGCGACUAAGUUUUGAGCCAACAAAUGACUUGAGAAACCAUUUAAGGCUAGAUCGGAAAAGAGCUGUGGUUGAAAUUUUCCAUCACACAGCGUUUCUAAAGGAGCAGCUGAGGCUCACAAGAGACCAGCCCCGGAGUAUGUCCAUCGCAGACUCUAUCAAACUAGGCGCGUUGCCCCGCCCCCUGGCCCUCGAGACUCUAGCCACCCUCCAAACGAUUCUCUUUCCCCUCACAGAUGCCAAAUCUAAGGCUUUGCUCCUCUCGUUGACUUCAACAACGACCCAAAACUUCGACACGGACGUCUUGCGGUACGACUCAUCCACAAUUCGCGAUCCACUCCACCCGGAACCAAUUCUUUAUCACUACUUCGCUUCUCAUCUCGCAGACUUAUACGAAGAACAGACCAAUCCCACUCCGAGAGGAAUGGAGAAAUGGUUUGAGCGAAGGAGUGCGCCGAGAUAUGUUAUGAUGGCCACGAUCACUGGGGUUUUCCUUGCCAUUUUCUUCAGCAUGGCAAGUUUGGCGUUGGGUGGGUAUCAGGCUUGGGUCGGGUAUCAGCAGUGGCAACAUCCCGUGCAAAGUACCGGACAGACGCGUGCUGGUUGA